AUGAAUACAACUCCUAUUUUACGCAAAACGCCUCCAAAGCUAUCUACUGGUAAAUCUAAGUUAUUAGGCAGACAAAGAAUUACAUCUCCUAUUCCAAUGGUUGAUUUGACUACAGAUGCAGCGUUAGAUGUAGAUCCUUACAAAGGUGUUUCACCAGAUUACUUAGAUCAUGGGGACCAGUGUAUUACGUGUCAAGUAUGCAAUGCAAAGUUUUGGGAAGUAGAAACGGCGAGAGGCAGAACCAAUAAUCGGAAGACAAGUUAUUUUUUAUGUUGUGGAUAUGCUAAAGUAGAGCUACCCGAUUAUAAAGAUGCGCAUCCAAAUUAUCAGAAACUGUUUACGUCUUUGGAUAAUGAAAGCAAGCAUUUUUUGAAAAACAUUCGCCGUUAUAAUUCUAUGUUCGCUUUCACAUCUAUGGGUGGUAAGGUCGAUCCGACUGUUAAUAGAGGUAAUGGCCCAUUUUGCUACAGGAUUAGCGGUGAAAACUAUCAUAGUAUUGGAAGUCUGUUGCCGGAGAAUGGCAAUAAACCAAAGUUUUGCCAGCUAUACAUAUACGAUACAGAGAACGAAGUUUCGAACCGAGAUUCUAUAUUUAGUCGAUCUAAGGAGUCGGAUACAUCAUCUUCUGCUUCAGUUGAUCGUCACUUGAUCCAACAUAUCAAGUCUGUGUUAGACUCCGAUAAUGUAUUGGUUAAAGUUUACAGGAUGGUUAGAGAUUGUUUUCAUGACGAUCCGCAGCUUACUCUUAAGGUACGUCUUAUUGGAAGAAGGGACAAGGAUGGUCGAAUGUAUAACUUACCAACAUGUGGCGAGGUUGCUGCUCUAAUUGUUGGAGAUGUUGAAAACGCAUUUGAGAACAGAGACAUUGUUGUUGAAACUAAAUCGGGGACUCUUCAACGAAUUAGUGAAUUACAUCCUUCUUACCUUGCUCUUCAAUACCCAAUUCUCUUCCCGUAUGGAGAUGAUGGUUACAGAGUUGACAUCCCUCAUAGAGGUGUCGUAGAUGUAACCAACAAGAAGCGUCCAAAUUUUAUUUAUACAAUUGAGUUUCAAAAACGUGGCUUGCCUCAUGCGCAUUUGUGCUUAUUCAUGGAACCAGAAGCUAAAAUUCCCACUGUUGACCAAGUUGAUCCGUUCAUAUGUGCAGAAAUUCCAAACAGAGAUGAUGACCCAGAGUUGUAUACGCUUGUGAAGGAUUUUAUGAUUCAUGGACCGUGUGGUAAUGCUAAUAUGAGCUGCCCAUGUAUGGUUGAUAAACAGUGUUCUAAAGGCUUUCCUAAAAGAUUUCAAGAUACUACGACAAUUGACGCGAAUGGUUUCCCAUUAUACAGAAGGAGAGAUGAUGGAAGAACAGUUGUCAAAAACCGGAUCGAGUUAGAUAAUAGAAGUGUUGUACCAUACAACAAAAAGUUAUUGAAAAAGUAUCAGGCACAUAUAAACGUUGAGUGGUGCAACCAAGCUGGGUCAAUUAAAUAUUUGUUUAAGUAUAUCAACAAAGGUCCGGAUAGAGCAACAGUUGCUGUUUUGCAUAGUGAUAAUCAUAAUGAACAACAUGAAAAAGAUGAGAUUAAAGAGUAUUAUGACUGUCGCUAUAUCUCAGCAUGCGAGGCAUCAUGGAGGAUUUUUAGUUACGAUGUAAAUUACAGAUAUCCUUCUGUUAUGAGGCUUCCAUUCCAUCUUCCAGGUCUCCAACCGGUUGUAUUUGGAGCAGAUGAAGACAUCAAUUAUGUUCUUAACAGGCCAUCUGUCAAGUGUUCUAUGUUUCUGUCUUGGAUGGAAAGGAACAAAGACCCUGAUGACCAUUUGGCGCGUACACUAACUUAUGUCCAGUUUCCAACUUGGUAUGUAUGGAAGACUGAAAACCGUUGUUGGCAACCUCGGAAAAAAGGUAACACAAUUGGCAGAAUUCAUAAUGUUGCUCCAUCUCUUGGAGAAGCUUAUUUUUUAAGAAUCUUGCUCAACAAAGUCAAAGGACCUAAGUCAUAUGACGAUAUUAAAACUGUUAAUGGUCAUGUACAUGAUACAUUUCGAGAUGCGUGUUUUGCACUUGGUCUUUUAGAUGAUGACAAAGAGUACAUCGAAGCAAUUAAAGAAGCAAAUGAAACAGCAACAGCUUCUUACGUACGAAAUUUAUUUGGCAUGAUGCUAUUGUCCAAUACUAUGUCAAGACCGGAGAUCGUAUGGGAAAGCACGUGGAAAUACAUGACAGAUGAUUUCAUCUACAGAUAUAGUAAACUACAUCGUGUUGAAGGUUUAUCAAUUCCAGACGAUGAACUUAAAAAUUACGCUUUGUUGGAAAUUGAAAAGUUUUUAGGUAUGAAUAGCUCAUCGCUACGCAACUUCUCAACAAUGCCUUUUCCAGAUUCUUCUUCCUUAUCUGAUCUCGACAAUCGUCUGAUUAACGAGGAGCGUACUUACGACGUAUUAAGUCUCGCAGAGGAAUAUGUUAAUCUGUUUAAUAUGUUAACUGAAGAACAAAGGUCAGUUUUUGAAGAGAUAAUGAAAUCUGUUGAUGGUAACACUGGAGGGAUGUUUUUUGUUUACGGUUACGGUGGCACCGGGAAAACCUUUUUAUGGAAGACGUUGUCUGCUGCACUUCGGUCAAAAAGAGAAAUUGUAUUAAAUGUUGCUUCGAGUGGAAUUGCAUCGCUGUUAUUGACAGGCGGCAGGACUGCACACUCCAGAUUUCGUAUUCCUUUGAAUCUUAAUGAGGAUUCGGUAUGUCAUAUAAAAGCUGAUAGUGAUGUUGCUAAAUUGUUGCAUCAGACCAAACUUAUUAUAUGGGAUGAAGCACCUAUGGUCCAUAAACAUGCGUUUGAAGCCUUGAACCGCACGAUGAAUGACAUCUUCAAUUUCGACACUUCGAGAAAUUCUGAAACCUCUUUCGGUGGUAAGGUUAUUGUUUUUGGUGGAGAUUUUAGACAAGUACUUCCCGUUGUUCGAAAUGGUGGAAGACAAGAGACGGUGAACGCAUCAUUAAGUUCGUCGUAUUUGUGGAGUAAAUGUAAGGUGCUAACGUUGUCAAGGAAUAUGAGGUUAACCGUUGGAAGAUCUCCAUCCGAGAUUGAGGAAAUAAAUAGUUUUGCAAAGUGGCUUUUGGACAUAGGAGAGGGAAAUGUUGGUGGUCCUAAUGAUGGAGAAGCAACAAUUGAAGUGCCAUCUAAUCUUAUAAUCAAUGAUACUUCCGACCCCAUUUCCAGCCUGAUCGAAUUUGUUUAUCCUUCAAUUCUCGAUAACUUUAAUAGUCCUAAUUAUUUUAGUGAUAGGGCUAUACUUGCGCCGAAGAACGAGGUUGUCAACGAGAUUAACGAUAGGCUGUUAGCGUUGUUUCCCGGUGAAGAAAGAGAGUAUCUAAGCUCUGACCGUCUUUGUGCAACUGAAAAUGUAAUGCUAAAAGUUGGUGUCCCAGUCAUGUUGUUACGUAACAUUGAUCAAAAAAAUGGUUUGUGCAAUGGAACAAGGUUGAAGGUUACAAAGUUGUAUAACCGUUUAAUAGAGGCUGAAAUAAUAUCUGGAGCUAACAUUGGUACUCGAACCUAUAUUCCCAGAAUUACUUUAGUACCUUCAGACAAGAAGAUUCCCUUUUCAUUUCAAAGAAGGCAAUUUCCGGUUGUUGUUUGCUUUGCUAUGACUAUCAAUAAAAGCCAAGGUCAAUCACUUUCUAGAGUUGGUCUGUACCUACGACAACCGGUUUUCACCCACGGUCAGUUGUAUGUCGCGUUAUCGAGAGUUAGAACAAGAGACGGUGUUAAAAUGCUAAUACUGGACAAAGAUGGGAAGCCUACAAAUAAAACAACUAAUGUUGUGUAUAAAGAAAUAUUCAACGACUUAUGA